GAGAGAGAAGAGUCGGAGCCUGGUCUGAGUCAGGGCGAAGCUUCAAUUUUCAAGCUGUUCAGUUUGCUCUCAUGCACUGUCAGUAGUAUUUAGUGACUCCCAGCUCCCCUCAAUAAGGUGUAAAUUCGGGAAGGAAACGAGCAGAUUGUCCAUCAGGUAUUUUGAAGGCGUGAGUGAGCUGGAAGGGUUCUUCUGGAUACAAGCAGCAUCCGAACAGCAGUGUGGUUACACCACAGCAAAAGCCGCUAGGGCGCACGUGUGAGGACCUCUCACCACAUCAUUUUUGAUUUUCAAAUAGGAUUUCCAUUAGUCGAUUGAACGCCGCACUUCAGCCUGCCCUUCCAAGGACUGGCACAGUCUGGAGAUCACACUUUGGACCACCACUUUGAGACAAUCUUUGAAGGAAAGUGACGGGGCCAAUGGACGCCUCAGUUCCUGCCGCAAACGGGCACCACGAGGCAGCGAUGGGCAAGCUUUCGCUGGAGAACGGGCAUGCGACUGUGGCGUUUUCUGAGCUCAAGGAGCGUCUGAGCCCCAAGGCCCGGGUGGUAGUAGAGGGGGAGGAGGGGUUUGAUCAGGCCCGUCAAAUCUGGAACAGGGCGAUCGACAGGCGGCCCAGGCUGGUGGUGUCAGUCACAUCCGGCCAGGACAUCGCAGAGUCCAUCAAGUCUGCUCAGGAGUGCGGCCUGAAGGUGUCCAUUAAGGGCGGGGGUCACUCUUGGUGCGGCACCUCAAUGCGGGACGGGGCGCUUGCGCUAGAUCUGGGUGGGCUGAAGGGUCUCAAAGUUGACGCCACAUCUAAAACCGCGUGGGUUGACGCCGGGGUUUGCAGUCAAGAGCUGCACGACGCCAUCAUUCCGCUGGGCCUCGCGUUCCCCUUCCCCCACUGCCCCUGCGUCCCCGUCAGCGGCUUCACUGUUGCGGGGGGGCUCGGCAUGAACGCACGGGCCUGGGGCUUUGGCGUCGUGAACGUUUUGGCCGCGGAGGUCGUCCUUGCGGACGGGAGCAUCAUCCAGGCAUCCCCGGAAGAGAACGACGAGAUCUUCUGGGCUCUGCGCGGCGCGGGCGCGGGGUCCUUCUUCGUCGUCACCAAGUUCAAGUUCCGCCUCUUCGACGACUGCGCAAUCGUCUCGUGCAGCACACUGUACCCCAUCGACAAAACCGCUGAAGUUGGAGAACAUUGGCUGAGCGCGAUGCAGGCCGGCCCUCCAAACGUCGAGCAGCGAAUGGUCUUCAUGACAGGCGAGGAAGGCAUCCCCCUCGUCGAGAUGUACUGCACCGCAUACGCCGACACAGAAGCCGCCGCGCGCGCCCUCCUCGAGCCCUACCUCAGCUGCCAGGUGGCGCCCCACAAGGCGCCCCAUGUGUACAAGGACACGUGGCAGAACAUGUAUGACGUCAUGAUCGCGGAGCUGCCGGACGAGCACCACUUUGCGGUGGACAACGCGGUCGUAUCGUGGGACUCGGUAACGGAUCUGCUGGGACCGUUAGCGGAGCUUUACCGCCAAACGCCGAACCCGAAGAACAUGAUCAUUACAGCGGGGAUCGGGUAUGCGGGCGCGCCUAUCGACGCCGCGUUCAAGACGCCGCCGUAUCGGAGCAGCUACGUCGGCUUCUACUCACUGUGGAAACCGAACGAUGAGAGGUACGUCUUCCCCGGAGCUCCGACUUCUGCACUCGAGGGCGCGAGCAUGGCGGAGGCUAACCAGGCGUGGGUUAGCAAGGGAACCGCCCUCGUUAAGGACGUCAAAAUAGGGCACUCCCUCACGGAGGUUGACCUCCGGGCGAAAGGAAAAGCAGAGGCGUGUUACACCAAGGCCAACUGGAGAAUGCUCCAGGAUUUGCAAAAGAAGUAUGAUCCCAACGAGCUGUUCUUCCGGUACUACCUGUGAGGAGCCACGAAUUCCGGCCAGUUCGAGCGACGGAGGUGCAUCUAUGACUAUACUAACGGGAGAAUGAUUCUUGUGUUGCAAAGAGUUUUGAGAACAAUAUUAACGAGUCGUCGAUUUAACCAUUUUUUAUAAAGGUGGCAUGUACGGAUAUGGCGUCUGGAGUGCUGUUCCUGCCAGGAGGACGAGCGCAAAGAACGCUUAUUCGUUAUUCGUGUUGUUAAUCAGACAUCCCCUGUGAUAGUUUUGACCGUCGCAAUGAUCUUAGGUUUGGGAACAAGCGAAGCCGUUCAAUUUUACUUGCCGUCAGCAUAAUAAGUCCACCGUUGAAAGCUGACACUAACAUUGCCUCAAGCUCAUCACUAGUUCAAGGAAAGCUCACAUGCAAAUUCUUUCAUACCUUGUCUGGUCAGAGUACAACCAGUGACAUAUAUCUAGUAGCCUUUGCAGAACCCAAUCUAAUUUGUCGAUCCUCAGCAAUCAAUACUUCUAUGAAUCAUCAAACAAUCUAAC